GAUGGGGGCUGGGGGGUGAGGGCAAGGCUGGUUUCUCUGCAGCUCUCUGCAACUCUCUGCAAUUUCUUGUGGUUUUGGACCAGAGUUGUUGCCAAACCAACCAGUAAUGCAUUCUGAUAGGAUGCGUUCUACAAUGCAUCUGUAGAAGUUGGUAAAAAUUGUUGUGGACGUACCAAACUUCCUUAUUUUUUUGAGGAAGUAGACUGAGGUGUGCUUUCUUGGCCAUAGAUUGGUCCAGGAAAAAUUGUUGGUGAAAUUUGUUUCCUCAGAACAUUGAACUUGAAGAUGUUUCCACAUCUCCACUUUGGCAUCAUUGAUCCUGUCUGGGGCAUGCAUGCCACCUCAUUUCCUGCAAACUUGUAAAUGGAGUUGGAAACAAAUUUAGUCACAUGUUCAUGAGUAUAUAGGAUGUACAGUUAGAGGCUGAGAAUUAUUGUGGAGGAUGCUUUGCCGCCUAUUCUCACUGAAAAUCUGCGAAUUAUGGUCGAAGACCCAGUUGCAGAGGGAAGUGCUAAGGUGUUUGGAGAUGAGUUUGGUUGGAUUAUUGGGUUGAAGAUCGAGCUAUAAUCUAUAAAUAGGAGUCUGACAUAAGCGUUCUUGUUAUCUAGAUAUUCCAGUGAUGAGAGUAGCGCCAGGGAGAAGCAGGGAGAUCUGCUGUGGACCUGUUCUGAAGAUGAUAGGCAAACUGCAGUAGAUCACGGGUGUCUGGGAGGCUGGAGUUAAUGUGCGCCAUGACCAGUUUAUUAUGAUACAUCAGGACAUCUGUGUCCAAUUUAAAGAAAUUGCAGCCACAGAGAGAAAUAGGUCAUUGAAACCCACCUAAAAAUGCUAAGUAGGGGAAGAACUAAGGUGUUUAAUUUUGUAUAUAAACAUCAUAAUUUUCCAUUAUUUGUAUCAUUUGCAUAAUUUGACUUUGCUUUGCUCCAAAUGAAUGUACCAGUAUUAGUCAAAUAAAUGUUUAGCUAGUACAAAUAACAUCUCAGAGUACAGAAAAAAUGUCACACUCACAUAACAAUCACUGGCAUACUGCUUACCUGUUUGACGCAUCAAUCAGCAAGCCUGUUGACGUUAAUGCAUUUCAGGUCAAUGGAGGUCAACUUUGAUUGUUGCUUGCAAGUUAUGGAUGAUUUUCAGAUGAAAAGGGUUGUCUCGUUGCAUUUAAUGAUGGAACAAUUUGACAUGCGUAGCAUCUAAAUUAUUCUGACAAUGACUGGUAUAACCUCUAGCAUGAAGCUGAUUCCUAUUCCUGGAUCUUCACCCUGCUCUUCCAAUACUUAUAAUAGCAAUCUCUAUUGGACUUAAUCCAAGGGAAAGUUAAUCAACAAGGUUAUAACAUGAGCUCAAACAUCGACUCAAUGUCUAUUUUCUCUAAGAGCCCUCUAUUACAUAUAGCAAUAAACGCGGCACAAACAAUCAGGUUUCAUCGUUGAGUUUAUUGUGGAAUACACAAUUACGGUGAGGUACAGUGAAAAUCUUGCUUGCAACAGUAUCGCAGGCAUAUAGACUCAUGUCUAACACAGAAAACCUCAAUUGUACAUAAAUGACAUCUAAAUUCUGCAAGGCAAUGAAAAGGAAAAAAAUGCAAAAUAACAAGGCUUUAGUGCGAAAGAAUUAGAAAAGUAGAAAAUUAGGCAAGGUAGUUAUAGUAGGAAAUGUUUUUGAGCUCACAAGAUCAAAAGGUCAUAAGGGAUAGGAGUAGAAUUAGGCCAUUCGGCCCAUCAAGUGUACUCCGCUAUUCAACCAUGGCUGAUCUAUCUCUCCCUCCUAACCCUAUUCUCCUGCCUUCUCCCUAUAACCUCUGAUACCUCUACUACUUCUCGUAACCUCACCCCAUAACCUCUGACACCAAUUGGAGUAGAGCUGGGUGAUGUUACAAUACAGUAUUAACUUCUAAUGUUUGGAGCAUGUUGUGUUAGUGCUGAGGCUUAAUCAGUUCUUUCACAAAGUUUAUCUUACAGUAAUCUUUGAGUCAGGGUCAUACAGCAUUAAAACAGGCCCUUCAGCCAAUUGGGUCUCUCUCCACCACUCAAUUCAAUCAGUCACAUUUACAGUGACCAAUUAACCUAUCAACCUACAUGCCUGUGAGAUGUGGGUGAAAACCAGAGCACUUGGGAACACACACAUGAUCACAUGCAGAACAUCAGAGUCCACUCAGACAGCACUUGAUGUCAGGAUUGAACCUAGGUCUCAAGCACUGUGAGGCAGUGGCUCUACUAGCUCUGCUGCCAAUAGUCAUUUGAUUUAUGACUUCAAAUGAACCUCACAGAAUUUCAUGAGGGAUUUCUCAUCAAUAAAUGAGAGAGGACUCAUUUGUUUGAAACAUUACCCUUCAAUGAAUCAUUCUGCCCUUUGCAUGCCAACCUGAUCAAUAUUUGGGAUAGCUGCAUGGGGCACAAUGGUAAAUAUUCACUGUUGAUGUGAGACUAGAGUAUGAAAGCUGUGUUCUACCAGUGAUACCUCCUGUGUGGAGUUCCUCAAUGUACAAUAUAUUGUGUGCAGAAGAUAGAGUCCAUUAAGGGAGUGCCAUCCAUCCACAAAUACUGAACGUUGUAAAAAACAUCUAAAUAAUUGUAGCAGGGCUUAAUAUCUUGAUAUGUUGUUUGGGGACUAUGAUUAUGGAGAAUGAUCAGAAGAAUCUUCUCUCUUUAAGGGAAUUCUUUAUUGAUUAGUUGGACAAUACCUCAAUCCUUCACUCAGUCAGAAGGUGGAGCACCUGAUGUCAGGCAGAAACAAUACCUUAACAAUUUUUACUGUUCCACUGGCCUUCUAUGCCUGCUUCCUGGACUUCAGAUCUUCCUCAGGCACUGGCUGCUAUAUUCUGUCAGCCAGGUUAUGCAGCACGCUGCACUGAAAUCGCUACAGCAGUUGAUGACGCAUUGCCCUUGACGCGGGUCAAAUUCAUUUUCUUCACGCAUGUGCAGUUUUCUGGGGUCAAAAUCCAUGGCAAUAGUGAAUACAAAUAGUUGCUUAGAAUCCAACCCUCAGGGAAGUGCUGGCUACUGGAAAUAUCCUAAGGAUAAUGCAUCAUUUGGGAGUCACAACAUGGCAUUGACCACCAUAAAAUUCUUCUCAUGAUCCAUGGCAAACUGUACAUAGCAUGUACAAAACCCUUCUAUAUCCUGCUUAUUAAAGAUACUCUCUGUGGAAACACAAAUGCAAGUGAUGGCUGCCUGCCAUCUGGGGAAGUUAAGAACACUGAUAAAUCCAAGUGCCCAAGACGUCACCUUCAGCUUAAUGAUAUAAAUGUAAAUUAAAUCAUUCCUCUUUGAUACAAAACCUAUUGAGCGCUCUAAUGCUGUGAUAAGCAGUAAGCUAGGAAAUAUGGCUGAUGACUGGAGGCUGGGAAUUUGAGACUUAUUGUGACCCUCAUCUCCCGAGAGAGAGAGCGAGAGAGAGAGCAUUCCCAGCAGUAGAGCAUGGUUGCUGCUCACUCUGCAGAAUGUCACAGACUGCUGUUACUGCUGCCUAAGAUAACCCGAGCUUCCAAAGCCAUUGCUCAUCAGAGAUCCAGGUACAAUGUGCCAUCUCUGGAAACUCUCCUUACUUCAGAUCUUUGUAGAUAUCCAUGUUAUAUGCCUCUUACCACACCACCCAAACAUUCCAUGUUAUCUGCAACAGCUGUCCUCAAAUCUACAGCGAUGAAGUGCAGAGUAGAAUCAUCGCUGAGAUUCUCAAUAAAGUAGCUCAGAACCUAAAUGCUGCAAGUAGUACUCCUUGCUAAUCUAAACACUGACUGUGUACUUUGGGAGGUAUUUGAGCAUUCUCCACUUAAUUCUGGCAUUGCUUUCUAGAGAUUCCUGCAGCAGAGUGUCCCUUUCAAUUACAAAUCAAUCACAAACUAGGCAUGAUCUGCUCCAAGUUCUUCUGUGACUGUUCUAUAAUUCUUUUCCAAUUCAUGAAACGUACAUUGCAUGAUGAAUUACAUCAUUAGGUACUUAUCUAAGUAAUAUUAGGAAUAUAAGGAACAUAUUAGGCACAUUGACUUGGACUGCUACCGAAGUGGCCUGUCAAAUUUAGAAAUUGACACAAUUUCAUACAGAAAUGAUACCAACUGCAAAUUACUCCACGUAAAAUCAAUUUUGAAUCACACUGCACUGAAGCAAAAGAAGUGCUGCAUGACCUAUUUUCCAUCUCCUGAAUCUAGGAAAUAUAAGUUUGACAGCCAUUUUUCCAAACUGGAUGAUCCAACUGGCCUACAUCAAGCAUUAAUUCCAAAUCAUGUUCAGCCUGAUGGCAAACUGCUGUAUCUGGGCUCGGAAAGUUCAGGAGCCGAUAAGAAAUGUCACUUUGCUGAUCCUUGGACUGAGUAAUGCAGGGAAAACUUCAAUACUCAAAGGAAUACAGAAAGAAUCUCCUUUUCUCCUUCGUCCAAAUGGCGGAUUUUCCAGGACAGAUCUCAUGGUAGAUCGGUUUAAUCUGACGUUAUUUGAUCUUGGCAGUGGAGAGAAAAUCCGACCUGCUUGGAAGAAUUAUUACUCUGCAGUCCAUGGCUUUAUUUUCAUUGUUGAUUCUACGGAUGUGAAGCGAAUAGAGGAAGCUGGAAAGGUUCUAUCAGAAGUAAUGAAGCAUGAAAAGAUGUCUGGGAAACCUGUCCUCGUACUUGCAAACAAACAGGAUAAAGCUGAGGCUCUACCAGAGUUUGCCAUUAUUGAACAGAUGUCCCUGGGUAAAAUGGCUAAUGAAAAUAAAUCCUUCUGCCAUCUUGAACCGUGUUCAGCCACUCUGGACUACGCUGAAAAAAGACUAGACAAAACUAUUCUGAAAGGGCUUCGCUGGCUCUUGCGCACUAUCGCCAAAGACUACAACAAUUUGUGCACACGAGUGUACCAUGACACCAUGCUACCAAAGAUCAAAGUAAAUGAAAAAUGCGAGGAAACACACCCAAUAUGUAGCAUACAAGGAGAAAGAAAAAGGCACACCAGAGUUGGUUUAGAGAAACAAAAGAGUCACCAUCUGAAAGACAUUGAAGACACAACUCCGGCAAAGAUCAACUCAUCUAAGCGGUUAAGUAAUGUCAUCAAUGCUCAGAAUGAAGAAAAAAUCAAGAAUGCUUUUGUGACCAAGAAAAAAAAGAAGAAAAUCAGGUUUUCUGGCAGCAAUCUGAGUUUAUCUCGAACAAAGAGGCUGACGAGUGGAAACACUACUUCCUCAGACACAACUAACAAUACAAUUGUAUCCAGCAAAGGGAGGAAUGAGAGGGAUAGAAGUAUCAUUCAGUUGGAUAAUUCUCACCAAGCAGAAAAUAAAACACUGAUGCCAAACUCUGGGAACACAGAAGCUAUUAAAGAUUCUGAAAAGAAAAAUAAGGGGAAGAAAAUAAAGAUGAAAUGCAAAAACAAGAUCAAUUCAGCUGACCCUGACGAUGAUUUUUCCAAAAAUGUGGAUUUAACAGCACCUCUGGAUCUUUACAGGAAAGCACUCCUUGCAUUAAAGACCAGACCUCGAGCUAACAACUGAACAAUCAAUUCAAUGUGUAUUCUGAUGAGCUGGGUUCUUCACUCACUUGAUAUUAUUGCAUUGUAUCAACUGGAGCUGUCAUUUAAAGUCCAUGCUUUCUUGAACAUUGUUGGACAUGUAUAGGUACAACAGGUGGCUGUCAGCUAAUGCGUUAAAUUUUAUUUUCACUGGCAUCGUGAGAAAAUAUUGACAAAUUAUGGAACUUAAUAAACAAGAUCUUUAACAGUUUUGUUUUUAUUAACAGAAAUUAAUGAAGAAGGCUCCUGACAUGAAAUGUCACCUGACCAUUCCCUCCACAGAUACUGCCUGACCCUCUGAGU